AUGCGUAUCGUCCGCGCCCUCGCCGCCCUCGCGGCGCAGCCGCGCGGCACGCGGCGCCUGCUCACGGUCCGCUUCGCCUCGAACGUCGCGGACGCCGUGGUCCUCGCGGGCUUGGACGAUCCUGUGAUUCUCGACGUCCGCGACCCCGCGGAGGUCGCGGCCGGCAAGGGCGGCCCGCCGGCGUCGGUCCCGGGCGCCGUGCACGUCCCCCUCAAUAUCGACGGUGCCAGGCAGAGCGAGCGGCCGACGACGCAGGAGGAGUUCCUCGCGGCCGUCGCCGCGGCGGGCCUCGCCCUGCCCCGCGAUCGGCCGGUCGUCACGCACUGCGGCUCGGGCGGCCGCGGCGGCAAGGCGGCCGGACUUCUACGCGACGCCGGCUACGACGCUUAUAAUGGAGGCGGGCCGGCGCACGUCGCGUCGGCGUUAAAGUUAUCAAGUUAA